AUGGCUAUUACCGCUGAGCUAGACCAAGCCCGCCCGGCAACGACCACCACUCCCUCAAGUCUAUCCACUUGCGACCAUCUCAACCAAGACAUUCGUCCAGAAGAGGUAUGCACUAUUAAGCCUAAGAAACCCCGUAAGAAAAGAGGGUAUUUCCAUCAGAGAGACUCUCUUGCUCGAAGGGAAAGUCCUGGAAAAGACGGUUCGAGAAGACGGAAUAGACACGAUAAUAAUAACUUUGCCUAUCAUCCACUUGCAAUUCUCGACCCAACUGAUCUUGCUCCACCCGGUUAUUCUCAUGAAAUGUCAACGUUUCACUUCUACUAUGACGCCAUGAUUGAUCAUUUCUGCACCAUGUUUGCCGAUCUUGGCUACUUCCCUCACGAACCGGAAUGUAAGAGGCGUACUAGAGAUAACAAAGAGAAUGUUUUGGGGAAAUCUACACGGAAAAGACUAAGGAAGAGCCAUCCCGAAGGAAUUGUCAAGACAUAUGAAGAGAAACUGACGGCGUUUCUAUCCGGUUCGAAUGCUGAUGCAAAGGAAGAGAUUAGAAUAGGGAAGGAAAUGAGAACAAAAGUAAAGAAGAAAGUCAAAGAUGGAACAAAGUCCGACGAGAACGAAAGGCGUCAAUUUAAUGGAAAAGACAAGCGGAUGGAAAAUAGCAAGACAACCGCCGAAUUGAGCAAUAGCAAAGGUAUUUCCACCGAUUGGAUUUUGGUGGAUGAUGUAGAUUAUGGAGACGAUGAAAGCGACGGAAGCGACGUUGGAGAUGUGGUCUAUCGUCAGAAACGUGGCACGUGGGAAGAAGUGAUUAGUAUAGCAAACAAUGAUGGUUUGCUGAUUCUGGAUAUCGAAGAUAAAUUCUCACGCUGGGUUGUGCAUCUUAUGUGUCAAUAUUACGAUGUUGUUUCAUUUAGCAAAAAUUCAACCGACGGUCGUCGUUUGACAUACGUCUGUCAUCCAGCAUGCGUUUACGGAUUCGAGUCGGGGCAACAGAUCGAAGUUCCCGAACAGAGUUUUUUUGAUUAUUUGUUUUCAUAG